UUUCUAUAGUAUUGUUUCAAAAUGGCGGCCAAUAUUUUUAAAAUUUUAAAAAUUUUACGAUAAAUGUAAAUAUUCGCAAAAGAAAUAUACUGACAGCAGGUUCAUCAUCACACGUUGAUUCCCACCAGAGCAAGAAAGAUGCCUAUAGCAAAGAUUCCCAUUGUUCAUAAGUUUGGGAUCAUCUCCCAUAGUCAGCGAUUAGAGCUACAGGAGAGACUACUCAAGCAAUCUUAUGCACAGAGUGCAACGGAGAGGAAGUUUUCAACUACCAGAAAUCCCCUAGAAGUUACAGAGGGAUUUGUACACCAGUUUAACAAUGCAAAGAGUUUAUCUGAGAAAGAGAGAUUGGAAGAACUUGCCACUAAGAUGCUUAUGAGAAUAAAGAGAAGAGCUGGACUGCGGGAAGGGGGCAGUGGGAAGAAUGUUAAUUUGCCCUUAGCAUGGACUGAACUAUCUCAACUGGCACAAUGCAAGGGAAAGAUGCAAGAAGAUUGCCUAGAUGUGUUGAUAACAUCUCUAGACCAAGCACCAUUGAGCAAACAGCAGGUGCCAGCGUUGUUCUUCCUUGCAGAGACAACCCUAUACUGGCUCAGAACUGAUGCAAUCAACCAGCCAUACCUUAGAACUGCAGAGAUUAAACUCUUAAAGAUGGGGCAGCUUGUAUUUGGGCGUCUAUUCUACCAUCAUAUGGCAGGCCAGCUACAAGGACAUAAUGAGUUCAAGAACAGACUCUUCACAUAUUUAGAUGGUUUCGGUGAGAGUCAAGAUGUGUACAGUCCAUACCCAAAUGCGCUUCUUUACGUGAGAUUUAUCAACGAAGUAGGGAAAAUCAUAAUUGGGGAUGCCAACCUUGAUGCAGGGGAGUUGAAAGAGGGUGACAAGAUACCAUCAGUCCAGAAUGCAGGGAGUCUUAAGUCGACCAACCUUUCAGUAACUGUGGACACAGCACCAGAGUCUGUAUCUACCAGAGAGACUAAUGAUGAAGAGCUAUUCCCCGACACUUCAGAACAUAAUGCAAAAGCGCGGUCAUCAAGCGCGAGGAGUGGAGCUAUAAGCAGUAGUGUACAUGACCUCAGCCCAACUCUGUGGCAUGCUCUGGAUGUAUGGAGGUGCACAAGUCAUCUAGGAGGGGGACUGGAAGAUGCUCUCAAAUCUCUAGCCCAUUGUGGACUAGGUCUGGCUGGAGAAAGCUGGGUUGAUGGAGUGAUUGGACUGAACAUAAUAGCCGAGGCAGCUAAAGUGAACAUAGCUGCUUUAAAGGUCAUGCAGAACCUUGCUGGCUGUAAGGCUGCUCCAACAUCUGUACACACUCCCAGAACAUCAGAAGAUCCAGGUCCUCCGCAGACAACAAAGACCCAAAGAUCUCAUGGUAUGCUUAGUGACAUAUAUGAGAAAAGUGAGCCCACUUCAACUCCUGGAAAACCAACUACAGCCCAACAAAAUCUGAGCCCAAUUGACCCUGCACAAGAUAUGCCACCAGGCCUAAGGUAUGACCAAGUUGGCUCCAGGAAUCAGCUUAGUGAUUCACCACAAAAGGUCACCAGAGAAUCUCAACGAAAGACCUCUACAAGGCAAACCAUGGCCACAGGGGUAGGAACCCCCUUUACCGACCCUGCCCCAGCUACUGCCUGGUGGGCAGAGGCGGGUUCUGAUUUAGAGGGAGCGGGGAGAAGAUCUCAGGCUAGCUCAGCAUUCACAUAUGGCAAUGCUCCUAUCCCAGAGCUUCAGGGUUUACAUGGCUGGAACUGGGAGGUAGCCAUUACCUACACCGAAUUGCUAUCAGAGAUAUGUCUCUAUGGUAGCACGUCAAUUCUUCAAAAGACUGCCCUAGUGGGUACAAAUAAGGAUGUAGAGGGGCUGCACAAAAAAGGAACAGCCGCGUAUCCGAUGAAAAGCACUGGACUCUUGGAUCUGUUGUACUUCGUCCCUGCCCAAACAAUACAUACUGGAGAUGUACAAGACUGGAGUUGGAGGGUGCGCUACACAGCUAUCCAGGGUCUAGUGAAGAUAUGUCGAUGCCUAGCAGGUGAUGCUAACAGAGAGGGACUCAAGACAGUGGCCUGGAAUGCUCUCCUCAAGGCUCACUCCCUCGAGAAAGAUCUUAGGGUGCUGGAGGCCCUGAAGGUUGGACAGGUUGAGGCCAGUAUAGAGAAGCUACUAAGUCAGUCUUUGAUCUCUCAUCCCAGUACAAUAAGUUGCAAGAUUGCUGCAGAACUGAGUAAGGUGUACCUCCCACCGCUGCCACCACUUGUAACAAGCCCCCCUAAGAAAUCCCCCAGACCAAAAGCCCCUAUAGUGUCUCCAAAAGGACCAGAUACCUCAAGGCAACCUAAGAGAACAACAUUGAAGCAGGAGAUAAUGUUGGCCACCGCCCUUGAGGAGCCCCAACCAACAUUCAACCAGCGCACAAGCUUCGACCUCAAACGAAUUGUUGAAGAUCAGUGGCGUAAAGAACUCCAGAAUCAACUUGAAGAAGAAGAGAAGCAGCGCCAAAAAGAACUCGAGGAAAAACAAAAACAAGAUGAGGAGGAGCAACGACUAAAGGAAGAGCAUAAAAAAGAGAAACUUAGUCGAAAUAGACCAUUAAUACCUAAAAAUACUACUAACAAACCACAAGACAAUGUACUCAAGAAGAAUGGUUUGGACACUCAAAAGAUUGAAGAGUAUUUAAGUAAUAAAAACAGUGAAGUUGAAAAAAGUCCUGAUCCCGCAAGUAUUGCGUAUACAUCUGAAAACUCUGAUGCGACAAAUAGCUUCCAUAGUUCACAAAUGAGCCUAGGAGAAUGGAUGGCUAAUAAAGUUGAAGAUGAGGAACUCUAGUGAUUACUGAAUACCAUCCUUUUGAGAUUGUGUCACAAAUGUAAAUUAGAAUAGAAGAGGCCCUAUAAUCGACCCCUGGAGUACAACCAUAUUAUCAAGAUAAUGCUAGAAAAUUAAAUAAAACAAUAAAAAUUUGAAGCAAAAAUUCUUUUAUUAAUAUAGGGAUUUGAAGCAAAAUUUGGAGGAAUUGCUGAGCUUUAUUGUCUUUAAAAGAGAAAACAUUAUCAUCCUAACAAUAACUAAAUAAAUAAACUAGUCAUUGAACAGUUCCAGACAAAUCAUGUUGAAUAAUAUGUGGAAGUUCUCACUACAUAUUCCAUUUAGUUAUAGUAUUUGAGUUCCUGUGAUGCAAAAAUUGACCAUGAAACAGUACUAAAUUUGAAAUAAACUGGCUAGCCUAUUAUACCCA